UUGCGCCAUCUGGAAGAAGGCGGGGCUUCUGCUGAUGACGUCAUUUGGGAUUUGCUACCCUUCCCUCUCAGUUCGCCUGCCCAGCGCCGCGGUGGCACACGGAGUCUCCCAGCCGAGCUAAGCGCACCUUUCCCGGGUAAAAGCUCUCGCUGGCUGCCUGCUUCGCGAGACCUACGCGGCAGUCAUGGCGGCAGCGCCGCUAGCCAAUUUCGACGAGGACUGGCAGGACUUUAACGAAUUCAAGCCGUCGCCGGAGUCGUCCGCCGCCGAGCUGGACCAGCUCAACUCCAAUGUGGCCGAGUAUGCGUCGACGGGCCUGGACGACUUCUCCGACCUGGACAACAGUUUCUCGGGGGAGAUUUGCAGCUUCAAGUCGAUGGAGGACCUCGUCCACGACUUUGACGAAAAGCUGACCGUGUGCUUCCGAAACUACAACACCGCGACGGAGCACAUAGCGCCAAUUAAACCCAUCACGGAGGAUAAUUACUUGAAAGACGACGAUGUAUGGAACACUCUGACUGACAACUAUGGCAACGUGAUGCCCGUCGACUGGAGGACGUCACAUACCCGCUCCCUCCACCUGCCCACACUUAACCUCAACGAGCACAAGAAGUUAGAUAACCAGUCUUUGGAUAUGUCAGAUGACGAGGAGCUGAGGGAGCAGAUGGACAUGCAUUCCAUCAUUGUCUCCUGCAUCAAUGAUGAGCCACUCUUCACAGCCGAGCAGGUGAUCGAGGAAAUAGAGGAGAUGAUGCAAGAGUCUCCCGACCCUGACGACGACGAAAGCCCCUCCCAGUCAGACCUGUCCAUGCUAUCUACUGACGUCCACGGCCUGAAGCACUCCGGUUCCGACACCAGCUAUGAGGAUCCUCUGGUGAAGAACAGCUUCAUCUCGCUGCUCAUUGAUGUACAGAACAGACAGAAGGAGCACCGCGAGCUGCUGCGUAAGAAGAAGAAAAUUCGCAGCACGACCUCCACCACCGGAGCCAACGGCCACAGAACCACCAGCACACACGUGCAUGGCACGCUCCUCACUCUGGAGGGACUCUCCAAUGUCAUUCAGAAUGGCCUCCGCCAAACUUUUGGCACCACAGGAGGGGACAAACAGUACCUGACAACAGUCAUCCCCUAUGAGAAGAAAAUGGGCUCCCCUUCAGUGGAAGACCUCCAAAUCCUAUCAAAGAUCCUUCAUGCCAUGAGGGACGACAGCGAGAAGGUACCGGCCCUCCUCACAGACUACAUUCUCAAAGGUACCGACUUCCUGUCCAUUACCUGGCUGACGCUGCGCCUCAGGGAGGUUGUGCCCCCUUGGUCCUGGUUGGCCUCACCCUCACGUUUUGUCUCCAGCACUUCCUAAAAGCACCAUACAGUUGUUACCAUGACAACACACCGCCAAAAUGAUGUUUGUGUGUGUGUUUGACCUCCAUCUUCAUGGUGAAGGCCUUUAGCGUCACAGUGCUGGCCACGCCCGCCGUGUCAGGAACAGUGUCAAACUGCAAGAACAAACACUUGGUUGGGGGUUGGGGGUGUGGUUAUUUACAG